AUGGACCCAUCAGCGCCACAGCUGGCUCGACGCCCAGCACUGGGUGCGUUCAUUCCUCCCAUCGUCGUCCCUCCCCUGGAUGCUCCCCACCACUUCACCAUCAUCUUCCUCCACGGCCGCGGAUACAACGCCAAGGAAUCUCUCGAGCCUCUGCUGUCCACACACGUCACCGACCGCGCCACGUUCCAGAAGUCUCUGCCCCACACUCGCUUCGUCUUCCCCACGGCGCCGCUGAUGCGGGCGUCCAAGUACCGCCGCUCCGUCAUCCACCAGUGGUACGACGGCACGGGCGACUGGGAGCCCGAGGCGCGGGGAGACAUGCGGCCCAGCGUGGAGCACAUCCACGACCUCAUCCGCGCCGAAGCCGAACUUGUGGACGGCGAUGCUGGGCGGGUCGUGCUGGCCGGCUUCAGCCAGGGAGCUGCCAUGGCGCUGACGUGCAUGCUGCUCUGGGAGGGCAAACCCCUGGGCGCUGCGAUCGGCUUGUGUGGCUUCGUCCCGGUGUAUGAUUCCCUGAUGGAGCUGCUAAAGGAUGAUGCCGCCGAAGAGGCUAGUGAUGAUGGGUACAUUGUCUUCGAAGCGGAGGAUGACCUCGACAUGGCGGGUGCGGAAAGUUCUAGGACACCGCUACAGAGGGCAGUGGCCGAACUGCGACAAGAGGCCGAACUGCCCGAGUUGCCGUCUCCAUCACGCUGCUCGUUUCGCGAGACGCCAGUAUUCCUGGGCCACGGGAGGCGGGACAGAAACGUCGAGCCUCGUCACGGGCAAGAGGCUGCCGCCCUUUUGACCGAGAUGGGCAUCGGCGUCGCCUUUGCUACGUACGAUGGACUUGGUCAUGAGCAUUCGCCCGAAAUGCUGGGACAAGUCUUAUUGUUCUUAUCCCAACGACUGAGCCCGUCGUGGAUGACCACAGAUACCAGCAAAACCUGA